UUCUCCAAAUCCUUAUAUAAGCCCUAGGCACCGAUUUGUAGCAAGUAGAAACCGAGAGAGCUUUUGUUUGUUUGCGAAUUGUUAGAGAAAAAUCCAUGGCUAACCCUAAGGUCUUCUUCGAUCUCACAAUCGGUGGUCAACCGGCCGGCCGUGUUGUGAUGGAGCUCUUCGCCGAUACCACUCCAAAGACCGCCGAUAACUUCCGUGCUCUCUGCACCGGCGAGAAGGGAAUGGGGAGGUCCGGCAAGCCCUUGCACUACAAGGGAUCCACGUUCCACCGCGUGAUCCCUAAUUUCAUGUGCCAGGGAGGCGAUUUCACCGCCGGAAACGGCACCGGAGGCGAAUCGAUCUACGGGACGAAGUUCGCCGAUGAGAACUUCGUGAAGAGGCACACUGGCCCCGGCAUCCUGUCCAUGGCGAAUGCCGGCCCCAACACCAACGGCUCGCAGUUCUUCAUCUGCACCGCGAAGACGGAGUGGCUCGACGGGAAGCACGUGGUGUUCGGCCAUGUCGUCGAGGGCUUCGACGUGAUUAAGAGGGCUGAGGCGGUUGGAUCCAGCUCCGGGAGGUGCUCGAAGCCGGUGGUCAUCGCAGAUUGCGGUCAACUCUCUUAGAUCCGCUCAUGAUCUGUUUGAUCUGAGUCCCUUUGAUCUCCAUAUCUGUCGUCGUUUAGUGGCUGUCUUUAUUUAGAUUUGUUUGAUCUCCAUAUCCGUCGUCGUUUAGUGUCUGUUUCUGUUUUUGUUUCCCCUGUCCCCAGUCUAGUAUCAGACCUUAUGCUUUGCUUUCAUGUGUUGAGUACUUGAAUUUGGUGGUUCUAUCAAUUAAACUAGUUUUAUAUUCGCAAA